UACCUACCCACUAUAGUAACUCCCGCCGCCGCUUUCCCGCUACACCGGGCGCAAGACCCCCGAGCUUCCUCCCGAGAUGGCCCCGGUCCCUCCUCCUCCUCGGGGUACAAACACGGACCCUGAGCAACAUAGACCGUGCCGGGCCUGCAACCACCCCCGACCCCCGAAUGGCUCCCGGGCCUCUGUUAUUACCAGCCUCGGCAGCAUGGCCGAUGCGGGCCGCGCAGGAUGCGUCACAUGCUCCGUCCUCUCCUGCGGACUGGCCCGUGUCCUGGCUCAUCAGGAUGGAGCUGAUUUGCCGGCGGCGGCGGCGGCACCCCUGAAGGAAGGUGAUGAUCUGCUACGUAUCGACUUCAACGCGGUGGCCUCUGGCCCGAGCUUGGGCAUGUUUGUUUUCUCACGCGGGCUGCCUAUCUCUGUUUUCGCCCCGCCCGGAUCUUCAAACUCCUCUUGGCUCGCGAGCACGUUUCCCGAUGUGUCGGUCGGGUUUGACGUCCCAGCCGGCACCGCCACCGACGCGAGCUUGGCAUGGGCGCGCAAGUGCCUGUCGCGGUGCCUCGAGUCCCAUGCGACAUGCCGCCGCUCCCGUCUCCCGGCGCCAGGCGGCCGGGCGCAACGCAUGCUCGAUAUCGGCACCCGGGACGGCGACCCGGUGCGCCUUGUAGAGCAAAGCGACGACGGCGACGACGACGAUGAGGGGGCGCACUACCCCGAGUACGUUUGUCUCAGCCACCGCUGGGGCAGCAGCCGCGCCGCCGUCCUGCAGACCGUCUCUUCCAACCUGAGCCAACACUCCAAAGGAAUCCCUUGGUCGGCGUUGCCUCAGACAUAUCGCGAAACCAUACUAUUCGUGCGAAGGCUGGGCGUCAGGCGCCUCUGGAUUGAUAGCCUGUGCAUCGUCCAAGAUGAUGCGCAUGAUUGGAGGCAGGAGUCAAGCAAGAUGGGAACUAUAUUCAAUCAUGCCCUUGUGGUUGUUGCCGCAUCGAGGUCCGCCGACGUCGAGGACGGCCUCUUUGCGGUCUGUGGCCCGCCGUUUGAAGCCCACCACCUGAAGCUUCCGCUCGCCGAGGACGCCACCGAAGCAAUCUGCUUCCGGCGCUCCCUCGCCCAUAUUCCGGGGUACAUGGACCAGAGACUCGGCGCGAGGCCCGAUCUUCCAACGCUCACCCGCGGGUGGAUAUUCCAAGAACGCUUCCUGUCGCCGCGCGUCCUGCACUUUGGGCCGCAAGAGCUCUUCUGGGAGUGCCUCGAGGCCAGCUACUGUCAAUGCACGUGUGGAGACGCUUCGCAUGGGACACCGGCUUCCCACAACGAAGCUGGAGUUGAUCAUAUAUCGCGCCCCAAGACCUUUUUCAGUCGUGACCAUUGGCUGACACUCAGCGACACGGAGCUGGACCGAUGUUGGCAUCGGCUGGUCGAGGAGUAUUCUACGCUGGACCUCACGUUUGACAGAGACAUAUUCCCGGCCAUUUCGGGCUUGGCCAAGCACUUCCAAAGCGUCGUACAGUCGGAGUACCUAGCCGGCCUGUGGAAGAAGACGCUCGUCGGCGACCUCCUGUGGCACGUAGAGGGCUUUGUUGUUGGCGCGGGCAGCGACGAUGGCGCCCCGGCGCAACGCCCGGCUCCAUGGCGAGCCCCCUCAUGGUCUUGGGGCGCCGUCAAGGGCGCCGUCAAAUUCGCCGACGCGGCUGCCGGCAUAGUGCCUCUCUGUGAGGUAUUGGAAGCCAGUUGUGCGAGCGCAGGCGUGGACAAGACGGGUGAGCUGCUGGACGGCCACCUCAAGCUGCGUGGCAGACUGGCAGCGACAAGAGUCCGCUAUGAGGAAGAUGGGGACAACAGCACCGCGGUGAGGCCAUGGCAGCUUCUCCGGCUCGAUAUUGUUGAAUCCGCCGUCAAUACCACCUGGGCAGACUAUGAUGUUCGCGCGGGGCACGAUGCUAUCCCACACGGCUCGGAGGUGUUUUGCCUGGCGCUGGGCGAGUCGCCCGUUUCCGGUGCCAUAUACCUCAUGAUAUUGACAGCCGCAAGUCUCGCUGUGACAUGCGAGUCACUCACGUUGAAGCGCAUCGGCCUCGUGCAGCUGUCCAAGCCACCAUCGCAGGCCGGCGUGAGUGCUGAUCUUUGGCUGCAACGCUUGGGGUUUCCCGAAGAAGUCAUGACCAUCAAACUAGUGUGAGGCCAUGCAGACGGAACGGUGCACUCCCUUGUUAUGGGUCACGGGGGCCAGACAGUUUAGAGCCGAGACGUCAACGACCUGUAAUCGCCGCCAUGUCGCUCUACGUCGCCCACAUGGAUCCUCGCUGGUCAAACUGGGGCAUAUACUCCGCCAGCCCAGCGCCCGGGUCGGCUGGUCCCACGAAUGGCACGGGAGCUGCCUGGAACGGUGCCAUGGCCGACGCGCCGUUGAAGUCGAAGAAGGCCCCCGUUCCGUUCCUGUGAUCUGCCGGCUCUUCGUACGGAUCGAGCAAGGGCGGAAGGCUCAUGUACACUUGCAAAUCGUCGAAGCUCAUGGGAAGCUGGAAUGGCUCCGGCAUGGGCAUGUUCCGGAUGGCAUCGGCUUGGUCUUGCGGGUUGUCUGCUGCUCUGUACGCCGGCUCUGCGAUGGCUGAUGAUUCCAUUGCAGGCGUCGGCAUGGGCUGGUGCACCUCCGUGUACUCCUCGUCGGCAGCACAACUCCUGUCGGCGCAGUCCGCUCCGCUGGACCGGCUUGCUCGGAUCUCUUUGCGUGCCAUGCGGUAGAUGGCCAGUGGGUUCAAGACGUACUCUGGCGUAAGAGGACAGGGACUGCCUGGACGGGACGGCCUGGCGUGCCAUGGAUCGUUAGCAACGAGUUCCGCGCAUGCGAUGUCUUCUGACCAGGGUAGCUUACGCAUUUCCGGAAGCAUUGAAGCGUGCUUCGGGGUCAGCCAUCGACAGCUCGAAGCCCGCCGACUUGGCCAAUGCAAGCGCCGCGGUGUGCUGAUGCACGGGUAACACCACGUCAGUGAGACGUCCUUAAGCAACGAUAGACAGAUGACGUACCAAGGGCUUCGCCAAAGCGAGCAACGGGGUCAUCCUGUGCAGGGCCUCAAAGUUGACACUAAGCGCGGCGUUUACCUCGGAUGCGAAGCCGUAGUGGUCAUGUCGCGUGCCAGAUCCCAAGUGGUUCUUCGCGUAGUGAAUCUGGACUCUCGAUACGUCAUGUGCCACGACACAAAGCCAAGUGUCCGCAAAGGCCUCGGUGCCAUGAUGGAGAGCUUCUUGGAGGACCGAGGAGACGGCCAUGCAGUGGUCGAAGCAAGCGUCCUGCACCUGCUGCACAAACUCGUGCUGUUCCGCGGGGAACGCGAUGGGCGCGCGGAUCCGAAAGAGCUCGGCCAUGCCGAUCCUCGUCAGGUCGCACAUGGACUGGUGAUAUGUGAUGUGCAAGAGUAUGAGCGCGCCGUGCUGGC